AUGAUUUCAAAAGACAUUUUGACAUCACAAGAUUUUACCUAUACCAAAAGUAUUGGCAGCAAUGAAGAAGUUCCAACUGGAAGAUUUCUAAACAGUGGCAAUUCAUUGUUCAAUUUAGAGACCUCACAAGGAACUGUAAAACAAAUUAGAAAUUUCCUUUCCGGAGGUGAGCAACAUUUUAUAGUAAUUUUAGGAAAUGGAAAACUCUAUUCCACUGGAAUUGACUCUUUAAAGGUAGGGCUACUUGGAAGAACCUAUUCCGGUUCUGCACUAAGGUAUAAUGACUCUAUUCCUAUUGCUUCUGAAACUAUCUACCAAGUAGAAACAUACUCUCGUACAAAUCUUGUACUUACUAAUGAGGGAUUGUUCUCUUUUGGCUCCAAUUCUAAUGGUCAAUUAGGAACUGGAAACAAAGCUGAUAGUUUGAAUCCAGUUAAAGUAAAAGGAUUAUUGGGGAAGAAAGUUGAGCAAAUUGCAUCAGGAGGCAGAAGCUCGUACGCCAUCACAACUGAUGGCGAGUUGUGGGCCUGGGGUGAUAACUCUUUAGGACAACUUGGUGACAGCACCCAAGAAGAUAAAUUUAGACCUUUUAAGGUGCUAAAGAAUAAUGGACCUUUAAAAAACAAGCAAGUUGUCAAAGUCUGCGCUGGAGAUAGUUUUGUUGUGGUCCUUACAAGUGACAAUACGUUAGCUUCAUUUGGAGAUAAUUCUCUAGGUCAAUUAGGCAUUGGUGUAACAGAUCCUUCUUUUAAAAGUAAACCUGUAGCAAUUCCACUCACUGGUGCUCUCUCUGCAGUUAACAUCCUUGAUGUUCAAUGCGGAUCUAACCACGUUGUUGUUUUGACUACAGAUGGAAAAGUUGUUACAUGGGGAUACAACAACUAUGGUCAAUUGGGUGAUGGAUCCACAACCACAAGGUUCACUCCUCAACUCCUAAGCGCACCUUGUAGUGUUAAAAAAGUUUACUCAAAGUUUUAUAGUACAAUACUCAUUUGCACAAAUGGUAAAAUGUACGGAUAUGGAAGAAACUCAAAUGGUGAAUUGGGACUCGGUUCAACUGCUUCCACUGUGACCUCACCUACUCUUUACUCGUCUUUUAGCACAGAGUUUGUUGAUUCCAUUUUGGAUAUUGCUAGUAGCUCAACGGGAAGCUUUGCUCUUCAAACGAUGGAUGGAUCCAUCUACUACUCGGGCAGUACUUUCUCCACAACUGUAUUCAGGUCAAUUGGUUCUGUUUCUAACAGCUUUACAAAAGAUUCCAUGUACACUUUUACCUAUUUACCAUGGUAUUUGAGACAAAGUCCAUAUUUCAAUUUGAACGGAAAAGGUUAUUUACUUAAAUCUGAUAAGAGUUUCUUAUCAAGAAAUGGUCUAGAAUUUGGAUACUACAACAGUACCAAUCCUGGUAGCUAUUACAGUUCAUGGCAGCAAGUAUCUCCAACCUCAGUUCUCAAUAACACGCUCUAUGGGAAAUCAAUCUACAGUACACACAUCAUUAGAAUCAAGGAAUAUAUAUAUAUGCUCGGUGGGUUUGUUAAUAAUGAAAUAUCAAAUUCAAUUUACAGAGCUCCUAUUUCUGACCCAUUGUUUGGAUGGGAAUUGUUAGACCAGAAGCUUCCGUUCCCAUUGGCAUCAGGAAUGCUGAUUUCUGAUACACAAUAUGUGUAUAUCAUUGGGGGUAUUAAGCAAACACAUCUUUUCAACUCUUCUAGAGAUGUUGAUGCAAUUCAAAAUCUCGUUAUUUCUCAAACUGUAUUAAGAACAAGCGUAGAUUCAGAUAUGAGAAACUGGGAAAUCAUGUUUAAUUCCAAGUUCCCUUCAGUCCUACAUUCUGCUUUUGUCUACAAGGUUGACACAGACAGUAAUUAUUAUAUAAUUGGAGGUCUGACAUCCCUUUCUUCAUCACAAUCAAACAAGAUUUAUUCAACAUCUGAUUUUGUUUCCUGGACCCUUAAAUCCCAACUCACAUUCCAUGUCAAUUCAGGUUCUUCUGUCUUUUCAAGUAGUGCUAAUGAUGUCGUGUUCUCAGGUGCUUCCACAGGCAACAGUUUGGUUGGUCCUAACAUUUAUAGAACCACCAGAACAAGCUUCCCUGAUGGUUGGGUUGGUGGUACAACUACAGCCCUUUCAACAAUUUGUUCAAAAUAUCCAACCAUUUGUAAUUAA